CAGUGAGCUCACAGGCUUUAAAUAGCAUCAUGGGAGGGUUCCUGUGCAGCAGCUGAAGUAUAUAAAGAACUGCUGCUGAGAAUGUUCAAAACAAGUCAAGACUUAAACUGAGGAAGCUGAAGAGAUAUAACAAAACCAACUGUUAUAUCGAGCAGUGUCCAUCGGUAUCAUGAUGUCCCAGUACACAGUUUUGGACAGCCUGUUUGGUGAUGACGACUUUUCUUUCUGCCAGGAGGAGCUGUUGAGCCCUGUUUCCUUUCUGCAACAGGACUUCUUCCGCAGGAGAUCCAAGCUGGCUGAAAGUCUUCACAACAGGCCGCCGCUGCUCACACUUAGCCAGCUUCCAGUCCUUUCAUCCACAUUAGCAGGGUUGAUUAAUGGUAUGAAWCAGAAGGAGGAGGCAGCCAGCACAGAGCGGCAUGAGGACACCCARCAGGUCAGCAACACAAACAGGGAUUUCUUGGUGACAUUAGAUGCUCGUGGUUACGCUCCAAGUGACAUCACUGUCAGACUGGAAGGGCGGAGCCUGACAAUAGUGGCCAUGAAGCAAGCGGACGAAGAGGAAAACUAUUCCUGCUCCUCCUCCUCUUCCUCCUCCUCCUGYUCUGCCUCCUCAUCUUCAGCUUCAUCUCAAAUGGGCUUUGUGCAGAAGAUAGACCUGCCCACUCACCUGGAUCUGUCUGGCUUGUCCUGUUCCCUGAUGCAUGAUGGGCAGCUUCAGAUCCACGCCCCUGUUGCCAAGCAGCCAAUCAGUGAAGAGAGCCAAGUGCCCAUUCGGUACAGGACAUCGCUGGAAUUUCCCAUCAGAAAGGACAAUGAGGAACAUAAAGACUAAUGCAUGUGCCACAUACUGUCUCAUACUGUUUUAUAUUGCUUCCUAUUGUUUGAUAUGGCUUCAUACUGUCUCAUAUUGUUACACACUGUCUUAAUGGAACAGACAAGCACAUCAUCAAACAGCUCUGUAAAAAAGUAAAGUUUAUAAAUGUUCURUGAAGAUAAUGUUUUUGAAUUUGUUUUAUAUAAUGUGCAAUAUGUAUGAAUAAAUAAAAUAAAGAACUAUAACAGUAAUUUA